AGGUCUGCAGCCACGCGCUUGAGGGGAUCGGCGCGCGUGCGCAGGAGGCGGCUCGGGCGCGCGGCCGUUAGCGGUCCUCUGGACAAAUGCCUGCCAAGCUACGCUCUGGGUGGACCACAAUCCACGUGGCCCAGUCCGCGUGUGCGCGCUCGCCGCCUUGGACGGCGGAAUCACCGUGCGCUGCGGCCGCCCGGAAAUGAAACAACUUAGCGUUUCGAGGGAACGUCCGCCGGGUUAGAAAGUCACGGACUGAGCAGCUUGCAUUUGCCACGUCCCUCCUCACGUUUUGAAGAUUGUCCCGUCUUAUAACUGCCAGUGUGCACAGAACCCUUACUCAAGGAACGUCGUGGUCCAGCGAUGCAAAAACUUGAAGUUUCAAGCUUCAGAUCUCACCUAGUGUCACUGAUCGUGGCCAAAAAGUUUACCUCUCUGUGCCUUGGUCUCCUCAACUUGAAAACGGAGCUGGAAGAGCCUGUGUUGUCUUUAUAAUAGUGCAGAAGAAUUAUAGAUAGGAGGGAGAGACAGAAGCAAAUGAAGACCAUAAAAGAAAAGAAGAAACACCCACGAUUGAGGAAAUCUGCCAGGACUAAGAAGGUAACCCAGAAGAAGCGAUCUUCAAGGCCUGUUUGCCUGCUAUGCCUUCAGGAACCUGGUGAUCCUGAAAAACUAGGAGAAUUUCUUCAGAAAGACAAUCUUUGUGUACACUAUUUCUGUCUUAUCCUAUCUAGCAAGUUGCCUCAGAGGGGCCAGUCCAACAGAGGUCUCCAUGGAUUUAUGCCCAAAGACAUCAAAAAGGAGGCAGCCCGGGCUUCUAAGAAGAUCUGCUUUGUGUGCAAGAAAAAGGGAGCUGCUAUCUACUGCCAGAAAGAUCAAUGCGUCAGAAACUUCCAUCUGCCUUGUGGCCAAGAAAGGGGUUGCCUUUCACAAUUUUUUGGAGAGUACAAAUCAUUUUGUGAACAACAUCGCCCAACACAGAAUAUCCAACAGGGAAGUUUAGGAGAGGAAAGCUGUGUCUUGUGUUGUGAAGACUUAUCCAAAACAAGUGUUGAGAACAUCCAGAGCCCAUGUUGUAGUCAAGCUGUCUAUCACCGCAAGUGCAUCCAGAAAUAUGCCCACACAUCAGCAAAGCAUUUCUUCAAGUGUCCCCAGUGUAACAACCGAGAAGAGUUUCCACAAGAAAUGCUAAGAAUGGGAAUUCAUAUUCCAGACAGAGAUGCUGCCUGGGAACUUGAACCAGGGGCUUACUCAGAGUUGUAUCAGCGCUAUCAGCAUUGUGAUGCCCCCAUCUGCCUGUACAAACAAGGCAGAGACAGCUUUGAGAAUGAAGGGCGGUGGUGUCUCAUUCUGUGUUCUAUGUGUGGAUCCCAUGGAACCCACAGAGGCUGCUCCUCUCUUAGACCAAACAGAAAGAAAUGGGAGUGUGAAGAGUGUUCGCCUGCCUACACCACAGAUUACAUAUCUGAAGAGUCAAGUGACACCCCCUGCUGCAGCAUUACCUUCCACCCCCGGGAGCAUUUCUACAGGCCCACCAACCUGGCAGAGAAUCCAAGCUCUUCUUGGACUAACUGGUCUGGAUCUUCCCAAUUAGAAAAUCCUGAGUCCUCUGACUGUAGGAGGAGCCACUCCCAGCAGUUCAAGAGAGUCUGAAUCACUAAGGGCUGCAAAAAAAAAAACCAAUUUCCUGUGGCCCUGGACAAAGCCCUGGAUGCUGAUCCUGACUACUGA